AACCGUCAUACGUCCUCCAAUCACUAUAAACUGUUACGAACCCAACUGCAAAAAAUUCAACACUCAUUUCAUUUCUACUUGAAAUAAAUAAAUAAUCAACAAAAUACUGUAUAUUAUAAUCAAUCCCAAUUCCAAAUCCAAAUCCAAAUCCCAAUCCCAAUCCCAAGGCAAGCGAUGUGGAUUCGAUCAGUUUAAAUAAGCAACAACGCCAUCAAGUUUGAAUUUCAUUAGUAGCGUGCGUAGCAAUAAUGAAAACCUGGGAGAGCAGGAAAGCGAAAGAGAAGAAGAGGUCCGAUUCAGACGAGUCGGAAAUGCCGAGUUGGGGGCGAGUUGUAAUAAAAAGGUUGAUGAAAUUGGAAGCAAAUCAAGCGAGUUUGAAAGAGAAAUUGGACGAGUUGGCGGAGGAAGUGAGAGGAUCAAACAACAAAUAUUCAAGUAGGAGUAGUAGUAGUAGUGAGGAGAAAGCAGAGUGGGUAUGGGGUCCUACUUUUACAGGCAAUUUCGAUAAUGCUUAUGGUCGUGUUUUGCAGUUGCUGGGCCAUGCUGUCCAUGUUACUUCACUUUCUUCUGGGGAUAUCAUUUUCUGGAACCGUGCUGCAGAGAAACUUUAUGGAUGGAAGGACUCUGAAGCAACAGGGAGACCUUUUUGGGAGCUAAUUAUUGAAGAUGAAUAUGUUCCAUACAUGGAGAAAAUCAGGGAGAAGUUGCGCUUUGGCCAAUCAUGGUCAGGUCAGUUCCCUUUUAAGAAGAGGUUCGGUGAAACUUUUAUGGCGUUAGUGACUGAGAACCCGUUAUAUGAGGAUGGUGAGCUAAUUGGUGUUGUCACUGUUUCAAGUGAUGCGGCUGUUUUUAAUAGUAUAAGAAAUCAACCUAGGGCACCACGGGAUAAUAUGAAAAGGAUUCAGUGGCAACAAAGGCCACAGAUUGCAUCAGUGCCACAGAUGGCUUCUUCUAUUUCUGAUCUGGCCUCGAAGGUCCUUGGACGAAUGCGUGGAGAUGACACCUUCAAGGACGGAGAAGGAUUUGUUUCGGACGCUGAAGUUGUGAAUCGACAUAAGCAGGAAGCUAAUAUAGCUAAUAAUAUAGGUGAAGGCAAGAGUUCUCAUACAGAGGAAUCCGUGAUGGCUCAACCUGCAAAAAUGGCAGCAAAGUUUUUGGCGAGAUUCCGAAAGAAGAGUAGUGGUGACAGUGCCCAAACAAGUGAUGAAAUCCCUGUACAAAGUGGCCUAUGGAAAAAACCCAAUGAUGAACUAUGCUCUACUAGAGGUUGGAAUGAUACAUCAGAUAAUCCUGCUUGUGAUGUCAGACAUUUCCUGUUACCUGGCUUGCAUGUGAAUGAUAAAGUUGCCGACCUGGAAAAACUUAAAGCCGCAGAAGUAGAAGAUGCUGCUGAACGACAAGUAGGAGAAAAAGCUUCUUCGUGCUCAGGGGAUAACUUAUCGGGAAUUCCUGGUAACUCUUCAAGCAAAGGUGCCAGUGAGUCAAGUUCAAUGGUUGAUUCUGAUAUUCUAUGGGAGGAACUACUGUUGGGUGAGGAAGUUGGUCAAGGUUCUUAUGCUGCUGUAUAUCAUGGACUUUGGAAUGGAUCGGAUGUUGCUAUCAAAGUUUUCUUUGGGAAAGAUUACAAUGAGGGGACUCUACUGGAUUACAAAAAGGAGAUUGGUAUAAUGAGGAAAUUGAGGCAUCCAAAUGUCUUGCUCUUCAUGGGAGCAUGUUAUUCCCGGGAACGGCUUGCUAUUGUCACGGAGUUUCUUCCAAGGGGAAGUCUUUUCAAGAUUCUGCACAGAAGCAAUCAAAUUUUGGAUCUCAAACGGCGUUUAAGGAUGGCCCUUGAUGUUGCAAGGGGCAUGAAUUAUUUGCAUCGCAGAAAUCCUCCUAUUGUUCAUCGGGACUUAAAAUCUUCGAACUUGCUGGUUGAUAAGAACUGGGGCGUGAAGGUCGGCGACUUUGGAUUAUCAAAGUUGAAGCAUGCAACUUUCUUGACAGCAAAGUCUGGAGGAGGAACCCCUCAAUGGAUGGCACCAGAAAUCCUGCGGAAUGACCCCUCCAAUGAAAAGUCAGAUGUGUUCAGUUUUGGUGUCAUCCUAUGGGAACUGGUAACUAUGAAAAUCCCUUGGGAUGGUCUAAAUGCUUUGCAGGUUGUUGGAGUAGUAGGAUUCAUGGAUAGAAGGUUAGAUUUACCGGAAGGCCUUGAUCCUCACAUUUCAUCCAUCAUAAAGGAAUGCUGGAUAAGCAAGCCGGAACAGCGUCCAUCAUUCGAAGACAUUAUACCAAGAAUGAUCAGUAUACUUCAAAGUAUGCCGACAACAACAACUCCUACUGUUCGGAAAAGAUUACCUUUACCAUCAUAGGAAUAUACAACAUGUUGCAACAUAAAAGAGCAAUACAACAGAGUUCAAGAGGAAUAUAUCUUGUUAAAUGCUGUUGUUGAGGUAUGUUUUAGUUGAUGGCUUAUUGGCAUGAUUAGGGUGCUAAUUCAUACUGAUAAAUGUGCUUAAAGUGGAGUAUCACAUUGCUGCAGUGUGCAAAAUACAGCUUGCUACAUGCCUACAACUAAAUGUGCCAAUAUAUAGCAGAAAUAGUCCUAGUCCUAGAUUCAGCUACAUUUGUGAUAAGGUUAUAACAUAAUUCACAGGGGAUAACAAGGUCUAUUCUGUUCCCCUUAUUUUUUUUUGUUUAUAUUUUUGGGGAUUAAGGUAGUACGGUGUGUAGUCCCCUUGUUACAGUGUAUAAUUAGUCGAUUGUUUAGUUAAAAUAUUAGCCUUCACAAUUGUUUUGGAAGAAAUUUUCCUUAUUUUGCUCUUGAAA